CGGCCGCCCAAUUCGAGUCGGGCUGUGACGUCACUCCGUGACCCGGCGGCUCUCGCGGCUCUCGCGGCUCUCGCGGCUCGGUCUUCAGUCUCCCGCGGGACACCGAGCGAGCGCGGCGGCGCCAGGAAGCCGCCAUGCAACCUCCCGUCGCGUGACGGCGGACGCCAUGGAGAGCGCUCUGCGGGCGAACUCGAACCCGGCGCCGGUGGGACGCGUGUGCACGCUGACGGUGCUGCUGUGCGUGUGCCCGCUGUGCUGUCAGACCAGCUGGAUGCUCCUGGGAGUGGACGGGCCGGACGCCCGCCGCUCCGGCGACGACGACUGCCGAUCGCCCCCUCUGAGCGCCGAGCAGCGGGACGUCUGCCGGGAGCGGAGCUUCCUGGCCCCCAGCAUCCGCGACGCGGCCCGGCUGGGCGUCAGCGAGUGCCAGAACCAGUUCCGUCACGAGAGGUGGAACUGCUCCGCCGGCCCCCGCCCGUCCGUCUUCGGGCACGAGCUGACCAGCGGAACCAAGGAAACGGCGUUCGUGUACGCGGUGAUGGCGGCCGGUCUGGUGCACGCCGUGACCCGCUUCUGCAGCCGCGGAAACGUCAGCGAGUGCGGCUGCGACGCCCGCCUCCGAGAGCCCGGGGAGUCCUGGCACUGGGGGGGCUGCUCGGACCACGUCCAGUACGGGACCCGCUUCAGCCGCCGCUUCCUCGCGGGCGGCGUCGACGUGUCGGACGGAGCGCGCGCGCCGGGCCCGGUCCUGGUCCGGAUGAACGCGCACAACAGCGAGGCCGGCAGGCAGGCGGUGGCGAUGACGAUGUCCACAGACUGCCGCUGCCACGGCGUUUCGGGCUCGUGCGCCGUCAAGACGUGCUGGCGCACCAUGGCGCCGUUCGGGCGGGUGGGGGCCUACCUGAAGGAGCGCUACGAGGCCAGCGUGCGCCUGAAGACCAAGCGCUCCCGAGCGCGAGGCCGCCCCCCGCCGGACAAGCACCAGCUGGUCUUCGUCAACAAGUCCCCCAACUACUGCGUGGAGGACCGGCGCGGCGGCGUGCUGGGCACCAGGGGGCGCCGCUGCAACCGCACCUCGGGGGGGCCCGACGGCUGCGAGCUGCUCUGCUGCGGCCGCGGCUACAACACGCGCGUGGAGCGCCGCGUGCACAGGUGCGCCUGCAAGUUCGUGUGGUGCUGCUACGUCCGCUGCGGCCGCUGCGAGACCAUGAGCGACACGCACGCCUGCAAGUGAGACCCCCGUCCCCGCCUCGGCCUACGGACUCGGACCCUGUCGUUCGCCCGCCAAUAAAUCCCACCCUUUACAAAGCCAAA